AUGAUUAUAUCCUCUGGACUUCGCCUUUUUGCAGCAGAUUGGAACUUGUCUAUUUAACUAAUGACACACCCUCUGCUUGCACCAUGCACAAUCCCUCCCUCUCUAUCUCUCUCCUUCUCGCUGUACUUCCACUACCAGCCACCAACCACCACCCCCCACCCCUGCCUUUUUGCUUCUGCCCCUGCCAUUGCUCUUCCCUCCCUUUUCGGUGCGGGGAGCGUGCGUAUUGGCUGCGGCACUGGUGACUUGGUGCCAAAUAGGUGGUCCCUCUGCAUGUUGGCACACACUCAGUCAAUGGUUGGAGGAGCAAAGUGAGCAGGAAGAGAGAGGCAGAGUUGGAGGGAAAGAGGGCGAAAAAAGAAGCGUCACUCGGGUUUGCCAGCGGUCGCGCGCUCUCUUCCAACAUUGAGUCCGUCCUCUUGUUUUGCUUUUUUUUUUUUAACCCCCUUGUCCAGCUCUCUCUCUCCCCCGCUGCGUGAGUCCUAUGCAGAUUCUACUAAACUCCACCCGCUUUGAAUCUUUUUUUUUUUUUUUGCUGAAGAUAUUUUUCUACAUUUGUUUUUGCAGGCAGACCGUUUUUUUGACAGUUUGAUCCAAUUUGAUGCUGUAAUUGACUUGAUGCCAGUGUCCUUUUAUUUUUUGUAGUUUUUAAUUCUUUUAGACAGUGAGGUUGCUGAACUUCUCGACUCUCUCCUUCUGUUGUGCUCUUGAACAACAGCUCUCCAGCUACACUACCUCCUGUGUCCCUGUGCUGGUAUUACACUGCACCCCCUGCUUUAAAAUUUUUUUUUUUUUAACUUUUUUUUUAUUGGAGAGUUUAGCCCGUCAUUUUUUGUGUUUUAUUUGAAAGUUUUGGCAAUAAAUGCAACAUUUCUCCAGUGCACACUGACCUAGCCUGUGCUGCAUUUUAAUUGUAAUUUUUUUGCAAUCGGCGGGGUCAUUUUAUGAUGAAAGAGGAAAAUGGAUGAAUUUCACCCCUUCAUCGAGGCCCUGCUGCCCCAUGUCCGCGCCUUCGCCUACACCUGGUUCAACCUGCAGGCCCGCAAGCGCAAGUACUUCAAGAAGCACGAGAAGCGCAUGUCCAAGGAGGAAGAACGCGCCGUGAAGGACGAGCUGCUCGGGGAGAAGCCCGAGAUCAAACAGAAGUGGGCCUCGCGCCUGCUGGCCAAGCUCCGCAAGGACAUCCGGCCUGAGUUCCGUGAGGACUUUGUGCUCACCAUCACGGGGAAGAAGCCCCCUUGCUGCGUACUGUCCAACCCCGACCAGAAGGGCAAGAUCCGUCGCAUCGACUGCCUGCGCCAGGCCGACAAGGUGUGGCGGCUGGACCUGGUCAUGGUCAUCCUGUUCAAAGGCAGCCCCCUGGAGAGCACGGACGGGGAGCGCCUGGUCAAGUCACCGCAGUGCACCAAUCCAGGCCUGUGCGUCCAGCCGCACCACAUCGGGGUGUCCGUCAAGGAACUGGACCUCUACCUGGCCUACUUCGUCCACUCGCCAGAAUCUGGACAAUCAGACAGCUCCAGCCAACAAGGGGACACGGACAUUAAACCACCGCCCAAUGGACACCUGAGUUUCCAAGAUUGCUUUGUAACCUCAGGAGUUUGGAAUGUGGCCGAGCUUGUCAGAGUUUCACAGACUCCGGUUGCCACAGCGUCAGGUCCGAACUUCUCAUUGGCUGACCUGGACAGCAGUCCCAGCUACUACAACAUCAACCAAGUGGCACUGGGGCGACGCUCUCUCACUUCCCCUCCCUCCACCAGGUCUGAGGUGGAACUGUACGCAAACCUUCCACGGAGCUCCACCAAGAGGAAGUCAUUAGACGACAGUGAGCUGGAGAGCCCCACAGAUGAUGUUUUCUAUCCUGGACGCUCGCCUGCUGCCAGCUCAUCCCAAUCCAGCGCAUGGCCCAAUGACAUGGAUGCAGUGCAGCACCAUUUGGCGAGUGUGCAGGAGAGGAAGAUAAAACAUGAAAACGAUGGCGUGCAGUUUCCUUACCAUGGACUGUCCUCGCCUGGUUCACUUAAGAAGCCGGGGAAGUUUGAUUUCAACGCCCUGACUUCCCAGACGAGGUCCCCCCGCAUGGCGUUCACACACCACCCGCUGCCUGUGCUGGCAGGAGUGAGACCAGGAAGCCCCCGUGCCUCAGCCUCAGCCCUGCACUUCCCCUCCUCCUCAAUCAUCCAGCAGUCCAGCCCCUAUUUCACCCACCCCACCAUACGCUACCACCACCACCAGGACCCGCUUAAGGAGUUUGUGCAGUUUGUGUGCACCGACAGCACAGGACAGCCGAGUGCACAGCCUAAUGGAGGCGGCCAGAGCAAAAUGCCGGGCUCCUUCCUGUUGCCCCCGCCACCCCCUGUGGCACGCCCUGUGCCCCUCCCCAUGCCCGACUCUAAAACCAUCAGCACGCCCACCGACGGUGGACUCAGCUCACCCGCAUCUCCGUCAUACUCCACGCCAGGCUCCACAGCUCCCAACCGGUUUGUCGGCAUCGGAACACGGGACAACUUUCUGAAUAUCCCCCAGCAGACUCAGUCCUGGUUCCUCUGACAACGUCUCGACGAAUCAACAGCUAAAACCCUCUCAUGAAAAUUGGAAAAAAAGCAACAUGUCACUGCUGAUCAAGAGCAGACUGCUGACACUAAAAUGUUCCCUCUCACCAACACUAUCCAGUACGACUACAGAACCCAAAAGGUCCCACACCACCUUACCUGGCCCCCGGAUCCAACCCAAUUUGAACUGGAACGUCCGUGUGUUUGUUUGUGUGUAUGUGUGUGCGCGCGCGCCUGCGUGUGUGUGUGUGUGUGUGUGUGUGUCCUGACAACCCCACCCCCCCGGAAAGGCUGGAGGCCUCAAGGAGAUGGAAUGGACAGACUGGGAAUUCCAGGAGGAAGAUGAGGAACUGUCGCACGCACACCAGGAAAUGUUGGAAAGGAAAAACAAAUACGCCAACUUGGCAAUUGACCAAUUUUUACAUUUGUUGUUUUUUUUUUUUUUAACCUUUUAUUACUUUUGAUCCUUUUGUUGUCUCCACCAUGAAACUCCAUGCAUUGGCUGGGACACCCAAAAACAAAAUGGUAGGAAAAACAGCAAGGUCAGAUGAUCGCCACCCAAAUUGCGCACCUCUUGUUUUUUUUCCUAAAAAAAAAACAAGCCAGGUGACAUCUACCUGACAAUCCCCCCCAUCACCACCACCAGAACCGCAGCCUCAACCCUGUAUGCCGCACUCGUGCGCCUCAUUCGCUCAGCCCUGACGACUCAUUGAUUUCCGAUUGGCCAAUCAUAGUGACGCCAUCAGAUGGUGUGACAUGUAUGCACUAAGUGGCUGGUCUUUUGUUUACCUGUCCAAAUAUCAGGGCACUUUGCUGCGGGGGAGGAGAAGAAGUGUGAGCCAGUUUGAAAGAGUUGAAAACACUAAAAAGGCUGCAUGUGAUCUUUCAUCCCCUCACCUAUGCACUAUUCAUUCUCCUUAAGGAUGAAACACAAUUGCACAUGACAGCCACAAGAGCGAUGAGAGGAGGCAAAGUUGAGCGUCACUUUACAGAGAUGUGGCUGCGCUCAUGGUCAUUUAAUCCUUCACGUGCACCACACACACAUACACACACACACGCAUGCAACCAUUUCCUCACAAAUCAGUCUGCAUUCAGAAUUAGGGAUGGGCAUAGCGAUGGAUGAAUUGUGUGAAGUGUGCCAUUGAUUGAGGUAAGAUGGAGUACGCGACUUGCAGCCAGCGGAUGCGCUGGUGAGUCAGAGCAGCAAGAACAACAUGUUGAGCUGCAGCCACACAGUCGACUCAAUUCUGCAUUGAAACAGGAGUUCAGAACAUGCAGAGAGAGAUUCUCUCACCCUGUGCUUCUCAAAUAGUGGGGCGGGACCCCGGUGAGGUGUCGAGGGGGACUGUAAUGUUAGUGUCUUUAUUCAUGCUUAUACAGUGGUUUGUACAAAUCAAUAUUAAAUGAAUAAAUAAAUAUUAAUUAAUUUAAUUAAUUGGGGGCAUGAAAGAAUUCUGUCCCACGGGCGGGCAUGACAAAAAAUAAUUGAAACCUACUGCUCUAACCCCAUAUAUAUAUAUAUAAUUGCAAAAACUACAUUUCAAGAAAGUAAAGUCACAUUUCGAGCAAGCAUUUCUUAUUUUGUUCCUAAAACAAAAUCAUUUCAAGCAAUUUUCACAUGACAAAAAUAAUCUUAUAUUAAGAAAGUAUACCUCGCCAAUUCUUAUGAAGAUAUUUUUUGCCAGAAAUUAGUCCCUAUUUCUAAUAUCAAGCUAAAAGCCUUGUUUUGAUUAUUCUUCAGCAAUAGAUUAAGAAUAUCUGCCUUCAAUUAAGAGUAAAAACUGCUUACCUGACUGUCUACAUUUUAAGAAUGGACUCACACACAGAAAAUAUACCGAAGGAUUUGCUGAUUUCGGAGCAAUGUGAAGGCUGCACAGCAAAGCGCGUACCAAGAUUUGUUAUAUUAAAUCUAGUCAUAAAAUCUGUGUAAAUGUGUAAAAUUAUAAAAAUUACUUUCUUUUUAUGUAGUUUAUCAAUCUAAAAACUAGUGAAUUUACAUGCAAAUCAUGCCAAAAAUGAAUUUUGAUAGUGUUUAUGACAAUAGGUUUUCCUAAAUUAAGUGAAUUUUAGAUACACUCACACUUUUUUCUUUUGAAAUAAAAAAUGUUCCAUCCAUAUAAUUACUGUAGCUUCAAAGCUCAGAGCGGUGAAGAAGUAACCGACAUAACUAACAUGCUGACAAGAAGAGGCGUGUGCUGCACGGUGACCCGGUGGUUAGCAUGUUGGCCCCACAAUCAGGCAACCUGAUCUCUGUUGGAACUUGCAUGUUCUUCCUGUGCGUAUUCUCCGAGUACUCUGGCUUCCUUCCACAGUCCAACCGUAUGCGUGAUCGGCUAAUUGGAGACUUUGAAAUUGUCCAUAGGUAUGAAUCUCUCUUAAAGAAUACUCCUACAUCUAGAAUAUGGAGAAACAUUUUGUUUAAAUCUAGCCUCAUAAAGCAAAUGCUAUCUCAAUUUAUGAAUCGUAUCCGAAAAAUUGGCUUACUUCGUACCUCGCAAUAAGAACAUUUUACUUCUAGCAAUGUGAUUAAGAACAACUUGCUUAUUUUAGGACUCAUUCUAUUUUUAAAAGUCAUGAGAAAAAUGUUCUAGUUAUAAGAAUUCUAGCUAAGCAAAUUUUGCUUACCCCAUUGGCAGAAUUUCUUUCUUGAAAUAAGAAAGGUUGUCUCAUUGUAAAAUAAUUUGGGCUUCUUCCAAAUAUGUCUGUCUUUGCAGUGUGUGUGUGUAUAUAUACUGUAUAUAAAAUAGAUUUUUUUUUUUAUUGUACUCAAAUGCCCAUCUCUAUUCUGAAUGUUUUACAGGAAGACACACUCACUCACACACACACACACACACACACACACACACCUACACACACACACAGACAGCACGAGCUUCAUAUUAUUAGCUUUCAUUUAGCUUGUAGGGUUUUUUUUCCUUGUGAUCUCAUUUAUUGACAGAUUUGGUUUUUGGUUUUGUUCCACUUGGAUUGUUUUUGCAUGUCAUAACACCUUCCGCUGUAGUUUAUAUAGCACGCUCUCAGACCACGCCCGGAUUUCAGUGAGUAGAUGACAACUAAACAGUACAAACCUCUUGAAUCUCUCGCGUAUGGACAAGCACGGUAACAAGAGCUCUUCACACACGAACUGCGUUGCUUCACUGUAUAACCCCUUAGCCCAGUCCAAGGAAUACACACACACACACACACACACACACACACACACUAGCGGCUGUCGAAUUAUAACUUUGUCAUCCAAAAUGGUCUAUCAUUCACUUAAUUUGACUUUUUUUUUUUUUGAAUAUACAUGUAAAUGUUCACAUGGAAAUUUUCAUCAUGAUUUAAUCCAACACAGAGAAAGCCGACCUCAAAAAAUAACUGGACUGCCUUGGUUCUGUUUUUUGCAGGGAUAGUAAAAGACUAGUAACAUUAGCUCUAUGGACUAAAACAUAUAUCAAAACUAUAACAAUAACAUGAAAGUGCCUCUGUAUUCCCUUCAUGCAAUUAGUAUCAAACGUCAGGUUCUUUUCCUCUGCGUGUGAGCUAAUGCUGUUAGCAUUGGUGCAGGAUGCAAAGCAUUGGUCUAGACCAGGGUUUCACAAACCAUGCAUGCAUCUGUUCAUGGAAGCUGGAGCCUAUCCCGGCUGAACCACACAAACAAGCAUUGACAUUCACACUACCCUAUCAGUCACCGGUCGUAAUGCAUCGUGCAGGUUUGGGAAACCCUAGCCUGGUCUUUAUAGAGCACUGCAAACGUUUUUUUGUAAAGACAGAGAAAGAGAGAGAGAUCUUAUAUAUUUAUGAUAUAUGCUCCGUUUUACCGUUUUGGGGUUUUUUUUUGUUUUUUUUUGCUACGUGAGCUGCUUGGCAGUCUAGUUAUUUUCUGAUCCUUCCCUUCCCCAGUCAGUAACAUAGCGCAAAUCAGACACACACAUAUUUACACACACAUUUGCAGCAUCGCAACAUUCUAGUACUUUUAGGUGAACAUGUCGACAAAUUUGAACUGUAGGAUUGCAGAAGAAGAAAAAGUGUUUUUUUUUUUUGAUGGAAAGUAUUAUUAUUGAAAACUAUGUGUCGAUUGAGCCACGUGCAAUGCAUUGGGUAGAUCAUUGUGUUUGUCUGUUAGAGAUUUUUAAGAAAGCUACGAGAAAAGAGAAAAAAAAAUGUAUUUGUCUCAAGUCCACAAGCUCCGGGACUCUAAACUGAGAGGGCCAUGAAAAAAAAUCCUAGUCUUUGUAAGUUGGGGGUAUUGUUUUUAUUUCCUUUGUCUCUUUAUUUUUUAAUGUUUCUGUGUAAUCAUUUGUUUAUUAAAAAAAAAAUAACAAUGUGGGAGGGCUGAAGGAAAACAAACGACACAACUUCUCUAUCAUCAAGUGAAAAGCGGUGCUCCUAUUAUAAACAAAUGGUAAUGAACAAAAAAUAGCAGCAUUACUCCUCGCUCUCUCUCUUUCUCUUUCUUGCUAUUUGUAUUCUUCUAUUGAGUGGGGCGGGCGGGGGGGUGGCAUUUGAGUGUUGGCAAGUCAGCAAAGUAGCGCCAGACAACUUCACCCCAGCACUGCCUGAAACUCACCAGCAAAGCGAUAAAACCACACAAACCCUCCCAGGCCCAAAUACUCCGAAACGGAACCCGAGACUUGUUGUCAAACAGGCAGACAUGUGAGCCUCCCCCCCUCGUCGCCCCCUCUGUCCCCUCUGUAAAUGACUCUUCUAGUGCUUGUGCUGUAGUGUAUAGUUCCCUAGCAGUUAAAAGGUUGUCCCUUAAAAGUGCCUUUUGUUCACAAAACUCCAUUUUUUAAUUUUUUUUUUUUUUUUACCUUCUCAGGUUGUGCACACAUGCACAACUCACCCUUCUCAAAUGAACCAUAGUUCCUCCCCUAUAUCCUCUCUUCCUUUUCUUAUCUAUAUGCUAAUAUCUACAUAUAGAUAUAAAAGGUGUGAAUUUAUAGAUUUUUCUUUUCUUUUUUUUUUUUGGUAAAGGCAAAAAAUGUGUUAUUGUUCCGCUGUUGCUUUUUUCCCCCCCUUCCUUGCCCUCUGUCUCCACUGUCUGUUUUCUCUUCGACACUGGAGUAGUCUGUAACUGUGUGUCCGUCACUCUCGCUCGCUCGCUCUCUCUCUACAAAAAAAGAAAAAAAAAAUAUUACUGAGAAAGUUGUUUUGUCUUGAGCAGAAUGCAGUUAGCUCACAUGUUAUUCUUGUCUGUAUGCUUCACAUUGUAUCGCCCAUACCCAUCACUUCUGCUUCUCCAUUCAACAGCUAAUGUAAGUGAACAAAUGACGCUGACGGGCUUUUGGGGGUGUCCUUGUGGUGUUGAGGGGUGGGGGGUGGGGGGGGGGGUCACAGAAGGGAUGAGCGGGAUCAGAGGUUUUCUGUUUUUUUGGGAUAGAGAGCUGAUGAACUGCUUCAGGAUGUUGGAAAGGGGCUGCUCGGACUAUAGUUUAAGAGUUGCUCUUUUGUUUUGGCUAUUUAUUGUUUGGCUUUGUUUUACUCCCCCCGCCCUUUUUUUUUUUGUUCCCUUGUAAUUUGGAUUUUUUUAAGCUAUUUGUUAUCAGGGUAUGCUGUGUUUAAAGGAAGCCUUGGACUUAAAACGAAAUCUACAAGCACCUUAUUAUACCGGACUUAUCCUGCAUGAGGUUGAAGGGAGGGUUGCAUUUUCACCAUGUUUUCCCUUCCAAUGAGUAUUAUUGACACAGUAACACUCUCAGCAGUAUUAGCUACUUACACCGCGCCAAGCAGAUGCACCAGAGGUCAUAACAAGCCCCUUCUGCCCACCUCAUGCUGGACAGCUCCAGGUCUUUGUUUCUCCAGUUUGUUCUUCAGCGUGUAUGGUUACUGGUGUACUAGCCCCCCCAAUCCCCCGGCCCCAGCAGCACCCUUGGCCACCCCCGCUUCCUCCCAGCUCCUCUAUGCCUCUUAUCGACGCCCUCAGUGCAUCACCACUUCUUUGUGAGAACACCCCCAGAGCUCUAGGUGAAAUGCAUGUGUUUAUUACAGUUUCUUUUCCAUAAGAAGAAAAACAGUUUGAGAAGAGCAGCACCUGAUUGAAUAAAAAGGAUGUUCUUGACUGUA